GGAAAUUUUGAUCAACACUUAUCUGUUUCUUUCGCGGGAAAGUUCGUAGCUUUCUUUCAUUCCUUUGAGUACUAGUAAUCUCAGAGAACACUACCGAUACAGUCAUUGAGCUGACCAUAAGGCAAAGAAAAGGACUAAUACUAAUAGAGUAAAUAUUGUUGAACACUUUUAAUUUCAAUAUAGCCUGCAACAUAUUUUUUAGACUUAUUUAGGCAUACAACUUUACUGAAAAUUUACAUUCGCUCCACUCUCUCCAGACUCAACACUCGCACUGCUGCACUUCCACUACUCGACUCGAGUAUUUCAUGUAAUUGUAAUAUAAUUAGUAUUCUUGUAUUUUAUGUAUCAAGGCUUACAGAUAGGCCCAUAUAUAGUAAUGUAAACGUAAGUUAAGGGCACGCCAGGGCUAUAUUACUACUCACCUCUGGCUGGGAUUGGCUUACUCACUUUUAACUUUACACUUUACUCUAAGUUUACACACACUGACACUGAACUCACUCACACACCUUUUCUAAGGUACGGUACCUCUUACUCUUAAUUUGUACUUAAUGUGUAGGCUUCCCUCUUCUAACAGACAUCAAAUAAUUCAAUGCUUUGAUUCGCCCUACUGGGUGUGUUGUCUUAGUUUUACGUGUACACCCCAUUCAUUAUCUAGUCCUUGGCCUUGUUCCAGUAGGUAGCAGUAUGUCAUGUGCAAAAAAGUAUUCUUCUUUAUUUUGAGGGCCCACGAUCAAUGAAUUGAUCAUUAUGGCUCCUAUGUAUUAGUAUUAGUCUUAGUACUCUUAGUAAGACUUAGUAACUAAAACUCAUAAUUUAUAGAAUUAUAAUAUAACUAUAGUUUUAGAUAGACAUAGUCAUAGUAGUUUCAGUUUGAACUGAAAAUUCGACAGCAAAGAGGCAGAGGUGGUGAACCUGAUUUACCUGACCAGUGUGUGACAUAAUUUGCCGCUACUUGUCCCAACAAUCUUAAUAUCAUAUUAGUCUAAGUCAGUGGUUCUCAACCUUCCUGGUGCCGCGACCCUUUAAUACACUUGUUCGUGUCAUGGCGACCCACAGCCACACACAAUUAUUUUCGUUGCUACUUCAUAGCUGCAAGGAUAUGUGUUUUCAGAUGGUCUUAGGCUUAGGUGACCAUUGGAAAAGAGUCGCGCGACCCCUAAAGGUUGAGAACCGCUGGUCUAAGUCUAUCAGGACAAGCAUCCGAAAAUUAUCAUUAUUUUAAAAAUUCAUCUUUUAUGAUACACAAUUAUUUAAUAUUUAAUAAAUUUUAAUUAUAAUUAAGUAAAUUCAGGCCAGCAGGUUCAGUAGGGCUUCCACUAGUGCAUUAUUUUAGUAAAUAAAAUGCUAACUACAAUAAACUGUAAUGUUAAGGAUAAAAAUAAAAGAAGCAGUUCCCCCAUUUGCCCCUCAUUACCACCAAAUAAGCUGACCUCUUAGUCUUAGCUUGCAAGUCAUAAAAUAUUUACCAUUUGACCUCAACAAGCAAAGUUUGCUUACCCCUGCAAUGGUGCAUACAAAUUAUUAUAUUUAAAAUAGAAGUCAAAGACAAAUAAUGUAGUUAAGGGGUUUGCAAACUGUCAUGAGUGAAACUGGACAGUGGAUUUUUUUGUAGGGGAGUAUAGUGUAUAUAAUAAGUGCUGCUCAAAUGUAAGUGCCUUUCAUCUUGAAGCAUAAAAAAAAAAAACUAUUGACCGCCCCAUUUUUAUUAAUUAGGUGUACUUUUUUUAAAAAUUGCAUUAUCAUUAUGCCCUUUUAAAAAAGUUUCAUAAUUUUCAUUAGGGAAACAGUAAUUUUGCUUUACCAGUCAAAUGAUCUCGGACUGAUAUAUUUGACAUACAAAUUUUAAUAAUUUUAAAUUAAAUCAAUGAAAAUACUUCAAGUGAUGAUUACUUCGAAUUAACUUUGUAUUGUUGUUUUUUUUUCAAAUCUAUUUUUACAGGUCUUAUUCAGGGUUAUCCCAUUUUCUUAUGUGUUCGGUCGAGAAAAUGUUGAAUGGAGCAGAUGAGAAUCAAGAGAAAAAAAUAACUAUACUUGUAAAAAAAGUAGUUAAUGACCCUUCAUCAAUUUCGAGUUUUCCUUAUUCAGGGCGUGAAGGGCAAGUUGCCUGUAGCGUUGCAAAUAAGGUUUACAUCUUUGGAGGCGUGGAACAAGGCCAAGGGGAAGAGCCAAAAGAAACAAAUGAAUUAAUCACAUUUGACAUAGGUAAGAACAGAUAUUAAAAUAUUUUUUUAUAUUUAUAUCAACAAAUUUUCAAAAAAUUCGGACACGUGUUAAAUUAUUUUUAAAACUUUUUUGGUAUUUUAAAUUAAUAGAAUAAAUUCUUCAUUAAAUUAAAUUCUCCAAUGAACAUUUAGAUUACUUUUUUUUUCCCAGUUUCCUCUAAGUGGUCCCAACCACAGGUUACAGGCACAAUACCACCGCCUCGAUCUGCAUCAUCACUAGUAGCAGUUGGCACUAAUAUAUACUUGUUUGGAGGUUUGAGCCACAUGUCUGGGUGGUUUGAUGACAUAUUUGUCUUUGAUACACGUAAGCUGAUUUAUUGUUACUAACAAAGAUUUGUUUGCUCAAAAGAUUUUUCAUAAACUGAACAUUUAUAUAUCAGCUUACAUAAUUUUUAUGUCACUGUCAAAGUUAUUGCAAAUCACUUCUUUUUACAGAAACUUAAUAAACUUAGGCUUCAUUUUAAUUUCAUUACUUUAACUUAAACUGAUUAAAUUGUUAAUGAGGUGACAGGCUCUAUUUAUAUCUGAGCCCCUCAACAUUGGGCAGAUGGUCAGGUGGAAUGGAUUUUUUAGCCAAAUGAGGCAGUUGUUCUUAGGGGAGUGGGGAAACCUUAAGUUUGAUCUUUUUAAAAAAUAAUUUAAUAUCCAACUACACCAACAAAGUGGCAAUGCAGAAACCGACUUGGCAUGGGCCUAAAAGUCAAAUAUAUAUGCAAAUAAUUCUAUAUUCUCACCAGUUAAGCUGCAUUUACCAGAAUAAAAAUCUGAAAGGGUUAAUUUUUUUUUUUUUAAAUGGAUUGAGUAAAUUAUACAAUUUUAAUUAAAUUCUACAAGGUAAUGACCACAUAUAAGCUUUCGCUGCUGAGAAAUACAUUAAAUUUAUCUUAAAUGAGUGAAUUAACGCUUUGCCCCAUAACAAAUUUUGUGCCCACAUAAAAACAAAAUUUCUCUUUACAUAGAAGAUAUUAAUUUGCCACUUUUAUAAAAAUUUAGCCAACAUCCUGUGUUAAUUUUCACUUGAAAUAUAUUUAUCACUUUUUAUUACAGUUACAAACUCAUGGUCAAUUUUGGAUGCAGACGGAAUUAAACCUAGAGCUAGAGACAAGUUGCAAGCUGUGGCAAUUGAUACAAAUAUUUAUUACUUUGGUGGAUUUGGACCAAAAUCUGAUGAAGCUGAAGCGGCUGAUGUAAGUUGGGGAGUUGUUGAUAUCCAUUUUUAUAUUAGUUUUACUUUUAUUUGGCAUGUGUAUAUUUUCUAUUCAAUAUCACGUCUUCUAGCUGGAAGGCAAUGAUGAUGACGAAGAUGAUGAUGAUAUCCCUGAGGCACACGAUCAAGAUGGAGCUGAGUUUGGCUGGUUUAAUGAUCUCUAUGUCUUAGACACUGGUUAGUAUAUUAUUGUUAGACACAAUCAAAUUUUUUUUAAACAUAACUAAAAUGUCAUGAUAUGGAUGCCCAAUACAAGAGAAGAUGCAGUGUUUUUUUUUUUUUUUAAAUUGGCAAUUAUCCAGCUUGAUAUGGUAAGGGCAUGUCUUAAUUGUUAAACAGAUUACCCAGAAACAUAAUUUAUGACUGUAACACACCUACUCUGACAUGGCGUGGGAGCUUAUUUCUUAUGCUGUGGGUUAUGUCAGUAGUAUGGUUACUUAUGUUAUGUUGAUAUUUCAGGAUGCCGACUAAGGCUUCUUCAUUCUUCCACUUAUAAUCCGGGCACGCAAAUAAGAAUACUGAAUCCUGGUUAAACUUACAGUACUUUAUUGAACACACUUUAUAUUGAUAAUAUUAAUAAAUAAUCCUUGCAUGAAUGUAAUUUCACAUAUAUAUCUAUAGUAUUCCAUCAUUAAGAAAGACACGUCCUCACACUAAACUGUCAACUGUCUAAUCACACAGCUCUCACGCUACUGACUCUACUGCUCUGCGCUCAGCUCUCUACUAUCUCAGUCAACUCAUACUUUAUUACCAGCAAAGCGUGCAAAACAACCGCUCUGACAAAAACAUAAUUUUACUCUCCAAAAACGUGGAGUUCACAUUUGUUCUCAAAAAUACAAUCCACAUUGAUUGUCUCUCCCCGUGGAAAAACCUGGUGAACACACUCACUGUCCACUCAUGCUACCUCUCUGUUUACAUGUGAAAACAUAGUCCGUUACAUGCCCCACCCAUCUGAAAAAAUUUUGUGCAACAAAAUUUUUGGCACAAAAUAAUAUGCUGAAAUAAUGAUAAUGUCUCUUAGAAAUUUUCAAUCCCACAUCUAACAAUCAAAUCAGUGUAACAACAUUAACAUUUCAUCAUUAUGAAAUACAGAGUCUUUUACUGUUAAUAUCACACUUAAUAGUGAAUAAUUUACCCUGGCAAAAAAUUAAAAAAUCACCAAUGACAACCUCUUAAAAUCUUUAUGUAUGAUAAUGUGAAGUGACAUUAACAUCUUAAUGAAUAAUAAACACUGCAAAAUGAAUGUAACAAUCUUAAAUUUUGCAUUAGAAAAUUUACAAUUGGUUAAAAUCUGAUAUUCAUUUACAAAAAUUGAUAUGUACAAGUGUCUUAUCAAAAAACUGAGUGAACGUAUGUGUGUAUAUUCAUUUAGAAUGUCUGACUAAUGUGUCUUAAGUCAGUGUCUUUGUCAUUGUCUGCAUGUUCAAUGUGUCUGGAAAGGAAAUCAGCUACUGUAUUGUCUUUUCCUUUUAUUGUCCUUAUCUCAUACUGAUAAUCUAAUAGUAUCAACGACCAUCUGUUUAUUUUACUAUUCGCUAUUUUCUUUCUAUUUAGUGCCAUUAAUGGCUUGUGAUCAGUCAAUAAUGUAAAUUUUCUGCCUAAUAGAUAUUUCUGUAGUUUGGUAAGUGCCCACACAAUUGCUAAGCAUUCUUUUUCAAUAGUUGAGUAGUUAAUUUCAGUUCUGCUUAGUGCUCUACUUAAAUAGGUAAUUGGUCUUAAUUUAUGAUUGUAUUCUUGCAUAAGGCAAGCUCCUAAUCCAAUGUUGGAGGCGUCUGUAACUAGAGUGAAAGACUGUUUAAAAUUGGGUGAUAACAAUAUGUUGUCACUUUGGAAAAUUUCUUUGAUUGUUCUCAGUGUAUUUUCGCAUUCAUCCGUCCAUACUAUUUGUUUCUUGCUAUCUUUAUUUAUUAGUUUCCUUAAGGGUAGUGUAACAUCAGAAAAUUUUGGAACAAAAGUGCUGUAAAAAUUGCACAAACCUAAAAUGGCUUUUACUUCUUUCUGAGUGUGUGGUGUUUUUAUAUUUAGUAUUUUUCCUCUGUUGUGUUCUGUGGGCUGAAUUGUGUUCUUACCGACUUUAAAUCCUAAAAAUUCAAUGUCCUCUUGUGCAAACUUUAAUUUGUUUGGUGCUAUUGUAACUCCAUGUGCUCUUAAUUUGUUUAGUACUGUUUUUAUAGUCUCUAUAUGUGUCUUCAUAUCCUUAGUGUGAAUGCAGAUAUCAUCGACAAAAUGUACUACAUUUGGUAUGCCUUCUAACAUGAUUCGCAUGAAUCGAGAAAAUGUUGCGGUGGAAUUAACUAGACCAAAUGGCAUUACUGUCCAUUCGAACAAGCCUUCCUCUGUGGCAAAUGCAGUCAAAGGCAUGGAAUCCGGAUGCAUGCCUAUUUGCCAGAAUCCUCUGUUUAAAUCUAAGUGGGUGAAUAAUGUGGAGGAGCCUAUUUCUUCCAGUAGUUCUCUGGUGUCCCUCAUGGGUUCUGCAUCUAAUUGUGUGAUUUUAUUUAACUCCCUAUAGUCACAACAUAUACGGCACUGGCCAUUUUUCUUUUUUACUACUACCAUGGGUGAUGCUAUUGGUGAAUCUGAUCUUUUAAUCUUGUUAGUCUGUAUUAAAUGAUUUAGUUCUUUCUUUACUUCUUCCCUAAAUGCAUAUGGAAUUGGAUAGAUUUUGUGUUUGAAUGUGGGUUCCUGUGUUAAUAUUAUCUUGUGUUCUAAACUGCUAGUGUGUCCUAUGUUCUCUGUGAUGACAUCUUUGUAUUCUUUUAGAAUUGUUGUUAAGUGUCUGUUUGUUGUGGUGUUAUUUUCAUUGUCUUCUAAUUGUAUAACACUAGCAACGGUGGCUGUGCUACUUAUUUCAUUACUGAUGGUUUCUAACUCUUCAGGAACAGAGUCAUAUUUUCUGAGCAAGUCCACAUGUAGGACUUUCAAUUCACCCUUCAUGUGAAUUACAUAAUCAACUAAAUUUAACUUGUCAUGAAUUGUAAACGGACCCUGCCAAAUCUUUUGUCCAUUAUUGUUUGGCAACCAUACCAAAACUUUAUCAUGUACUUUAAGAUCUCUGAGGUAUCUAUGUGUAUUCUUUAUAUGUCUUUGUCUUUUAGACUCCCUAUCAGUGUUUUCUUUAGCAUUUUCUAUGCCAUAUGUAAUCCUCUCUCUAAUUUUUGUAAUUAUGUCAAAUGUGUCUUGUUGUGUGCCUUUCUGGCCUAAAAUAUUUUCUUUAAAAAGAGUUAACGGUCCCUUUGGAUUGGCCCCAAACAUUAGCUCAAAUGGAGAGUACCCAGUGGUGUCUUGUAUACUCUCUCUAUAGGCGAAUAAAACCAUGGGUAUAUAUAGGUGCCAUUCUCUAGGGUGGUCUAUUGUUGUUUUAUUUAACAUUGUUUUUAGUGUUUUGUUCCAUCGUUCUACCAUACCAUUAGCCUGUGGUCUAUAUAUUGUGGAAUGUACUUGUAUUAUACCUAGCAUUUUUGUAACUGCAUUGGUUAAGUUGGAAGUAAACUGUGUUCCAUUAUCUGACAAUAUUUUAUCAGGGAACCCAUGUCUUGUAAAUACAUCUAAUAAUGCCAUGCAAAUUGUUUCUGAAUUAAUGUUUUUGAGGGGAAUUGCCUCUGGCCAUCUAGAUGCCAUAUCAAUCAUGGUUAAAAUAAAUUUGUGUCCCUUAUUUGAUGGUGGAUUAAGAGGACCAAUGAUAUCUAUAGCUACCUUCUCAAAGUUUCUACCUAUUUUGUCUGUGGGUUGUAUGGGUGCUCUGUGUUUACUGUGUAUUGGGUUUUUUGUCAGACAUGGUAUGCAUUUGUUUAUGUGUUUCUUUAUGUCCUUGUGUAUGCCUGGCCAAUAAAAAUUCUGUGUGACCCUCUCUAAUGUUUUUUUUAUACCCAUGUGUCCAGCCAAAGGACUGUCAUGUGCAUGGUUGAGUAUUUUGUUUCUGAGUAUUACUGGUACUACUAUUUGAGAUUUUUUGAUUUCACCUUUCUCAAAAUUUCUAAUUAGAAUAUUGUGUUUUAUUGUGUAAUUAUGUCCUCUAUAAAUUGUGUUAUUGUCCUUAAUUUUGUUUCUAAUGUCCUGAAUUUGCCUAUCUUCUGUCUGCAUUCUAAUUAUGUCCUCUCUAGAUAUUUGUUUUGGAAUGUCUAAUUUUUCUUCUAUUUCAGGCUGUGUCUGACUAGUUUUAUGUUGUUGUCUUGUUAUUGCACUUAUAUACUCUUUGGUUAAAUUUUUUGAUUCAAUCCAAUUUAAGAAUAGUUCUUGGGAAUUAUCUGGAAUUUCUUUAAUAUUUCCAAUUAUUAACUGACAUACUGGGUUGUCCAUAAGUACUGCCGUUACCUUUCCUGUCAACCAUGGACAGUCUAUGUCCACUACUGCUUUAUAACAUUCAACUUUUGUGUUAUUUGCUAACAUGACUGUGGUUUUUUCAGAUAUAUGGUCUUUAGGAUCAAUCAAUUUUUUGUCAACUACUAUUGUUGUACAACCUGUGUCUCUUAGACACUGAACAAGCUGGUUGUUUACAUAAGAAGGAAAAAAUUGUAAACUUCCUUCACUGUGACAUGCGCUAGCUAAAGUUUCAUGUGGUUUGGUGUUUUGUCUACUGUUAGUCUGAUUGGAAUUAUAUCUUUGAUUUUUAUAUGGUUGUCUACUCCUAUUUGCACUGUUGUAUCUAAUUGGACUACUGUUGGGUGAUGUUCUCUGAUAGUAUUGUUGUGAAUGUCCUAAAUCUCUAUGUAAUUUCCUACACUCAUAUUUUUUGUGACCUGGAAUGCCACAGUAGAAACAUUUGUUGUUGUUUGAAUAAUUAGUAUAUGGUGUCUGGUAAUUGUUUUGAUGACUUUUCUGAAAUUUAUUGUUUUGCCAUCUGGCAGGUAGGCUAUGGUAUCUUCUGUUUUGAUAUGUGUUUUGUUUUUGACUGUCCCUAUCACUGGGUGUGUUUCUAAUAGAGGCUAGUGUGCUGUUUCUAUUGUCUAGCUCUUCAUUGGGGUGAGCAUCUUUAAAUGUUGUGAUUGAGUCAACUAACUCACGCUCAUUUUUAAUCUUUCUCUCUUUAAGGAAUGAAAAUAAAGAGACUGAUGCAUUUCUUAAUAUUUUGUCUAUGAUAAACAUAUCCAGUAAUGCUUUUGGAUCAUUUAGGUCAAUUUCAGUUAAUUCAAGCCAUUUGACAAGAUUGUCUCUAAUAUUGAAUAUGGUGGUGUUAGGAUCUACUUCUCUCUCUAGUCUUAUGUUGUGGAAAUUUUUUCUAUAAAUGUCUUCUGUGUUUCCAUAGAACUUUAACAAAACUUUCUUUAUAUAUGUAUAAUUAUUCUUUUGUUCUUCACUAAGUGAAUUGAUAAUGCUUAGGCUUUUCCCUGAUAAUCUGCUCAAUAAAAUAUUAGCCCAAGUCUCUUCUCUAUAAUUGUAAGACUGACAUAUGCCUUCAAAUUGUGACAGAUAACUAAUAAUUUCUUCUUUAUGUUCAUUAAAUUCUCUAAAUUUAGGUUUGUAUGCACUGUUGGUUUCCCUAUUGCUUGUUGAUGUAGUAUGCUGUCCUGAUUCUAUCCUAGCUCUUUCUAGUUUUAGCUCUUCCUCUCUUAUUUUCAUAUCUUGUUCCCUUAAUUUAAGUUCUUCUAUUUCCUUUUGUCCUUUUAAUUUCAUUUCUUCUAUUUGUUUAAGAUCGUUUCUCUCUAACAUUCUAGCUUCUCGGUCUUUGUCUUUGUCUUGUCGGUCUUUGUCUUUGUCUUGUCGGUCUUUGUCUUCUUUCUGUCUGUCUCGUAUUUUGUCCAUUUCUCGAGUUACGAAGUCAGUUAAUUUCUCCUGCUUCAAACCAAGCUUCUCACCUACUUCUAAUAAUUCCAAGUACUCUGCCAUUUUUUAUGUGUAAUGUGAGUAACUAAAAUUAUAUUGUUAUGUAUCAGUAUAUCAGUUAUCUCCUUAUUCUUUGGUUAUCAAUUAAAAUAGUUUACGAUCUUUCAUAUAUCUACAUGUUAAUGAAUGUAUACACAAAUGCAAGUUGAAACAUGAAUUAUAAGUUAUAAAUAAGUGUAAGAAAAAUUUAAAGUAAUUAAAUUGUCUACUUCACAACAUAAAUACAGAUAUGUAGACGUUUACAUGAAUACAAAUGAGACAACAAAUACAAAAGUACUGUGUAGUUUAUGGACCACAAGAUAGUAGAAAAUAUGACAGUAGGUUGACAAUAUGUAUAACAAUGACAAGACAAAUAGCACAAAUAUGACACGAUCUACUAAAAAACAACAGUUAUGACAAUGUACAAACUAGACUUCACAGCUAACACAAAAUUAUCCUACAGUGUUAUAAAUAGGGCCAGAAGAAACCUUUACCGUUUUAAUAAAAAAACUUCCCUAGGAAAGAUAACACCGUGGAUGUCCCUACAGUAUACUCUAAAAUUAAACUUAUAUUAUACAGAAAAAGUAAAAAUUUACUUAAUCUAAUUAAGUAUGAUAUAAGUAGAUUUUUAAAGUCUUAAAUUAUAUAUAAUACAUAACACAUAAAUACAUAAAUACCAAGUGUUUAAAAGAAAUCCGUAGUUGGUCACCUCUGCUCCUCUGUGACGCUCUGAUUUCUGUGUAAUCGAUAAUCCUAUGUAGUAGAUGCUCCUUCUAGGUAGUAGAUAAUCCUAUGUGGUAGUGUACUUGGGUAAAAUAAUCCAAUGAGAAAAGUUACACCACAAAUUGCUGCAAUACUCCAAUGUAAGUACCUUGCGUAAUAGUGUAAUUGUGAUAAUCCAAUAAUUGAAAAUUGUCUAAUUUCUCUCCGGUUCUGUUGCACUUGUGAGUAAUUGAAGAAUUACUUGAAGAAUUACUUGACUUGAACUGUGCGGCUUGUAUAAAGUAAAGAUUAUGCUGGGGAAAUCUUACUUCCGCUGUCUUGAUAAAACAUCUCAUCUGUAAUGACAUCAGACUUCUUUUGGUUUUGUGUGGAUCAUCUCUUUCGUUGACUAAUAACUGUAAAAUAGAUUUCUUGCUGUUUCUUCCACGAGAAUAUUCACUCCACUGUUAUAUAAUUGAAACAGUGUACCAGUUAGCUGUUUGCACUCUGAACUUUUGACUCCCGUGACUGACCUAAAUUCAAUCGUUGUCAGCUUGCUCUGUGUGUCGUGGACUCUUCUCAGAUUUGACUCAUACACGGGCGUAAUGACGUUCGAUGUAUGCUUCACUCGACUGUUAAAAUAUAUCGUUGUUACUCAAUGUUCUGUAAUACAUCGUCGUUACACCACUUCUGACACCAUUUGUAACACACCUACUCUGACAUGGCGUGGGAGCUUAUUUCUUAUGCUGUGGGUUAUGUCAGUAGUAUGGUUACUUAUGUUAUGUUGAUAUUUCAGGAUGCCGACUAAGGCUUCUUCAUUCUUCCACUUAUAAUCCGGGCACGCAAAUAAGAAUACUGAAUCCUGGUUAAACUUACAGUACUUUAUUGAACACACUUUAUAUUGAUAAUAUUAAUAAAUAAUCCUUGCAUGAAUGUAAUUUCACAUAUAUAUCUAUAGUAUUCCAUCAUUAAGAAAGACACGUCCUCACACUAAACUGUCAACUGUCUAAUCACACAGCUCUCACGCUACUGACUCUACUGCUCUGCGCUCAGCUCUCUACUAUAUCAGUCAACUCAUACUUUAUUACCAGCAAAGCGUGCAAAACAACCGCUCUGACAAAAACAUAAUUUUACUCUCCAAAAACGUGGAGCUCACAUUUGUAUCUCAAAAUACAAUUCAUUGUCCUCGUGGACAAAAACAUGGUCAACACCAUUAUUUGUUCACUCAUGCUACCUCUCUGUUUUCAUGUGAAAACAUUGUCCGUUACAAUGACAUAAAUAAAUAUUGAUGGUAUUACUUAAACAAAUCAAAUCUUUUUAUUGAACAAGAAAUAAUUUAGGAUACACUUCUCUUCCUUUUUUGAAAAAAUGUACUUUAAAAAGAAUGUAUAGUUUUAUUUAAAUUUGCAGUUUCUUGUCGUUGGUCACAACCCAUGCAGAUGAACCUUGGUGUGCCAACUCAAAGAGCUGCUCAUUCUAUGUGUGCCAUAAAUAGGCAUCUAAUCAUCUUUGGUGGUAGAGAUAUUGAGGAACGACAAAAUGACUUGCACAUUUUCAAUGUUGGUAAGGAUGUACUUAAUUUGCUCUAAAUAAUUCUUUAUGUCAUUAGUUGGAUAUGUAUGUGUGUGAGUUACAUAUAUUCUAAAAUGCCCUGAAGAACAAAUAGCAGAAAUGUUUCUCUUGCACUUUAAAGGUAAACAUCAAUAAUUUUUCAAGUCUAAGUGAAUUGAACACUUGCAAUUUAUAGGUAAUUAAAUAAAUAUUUACAUGUAUGCAUUAAAAACAUUAUUGCUUAACUUUGUUCAUUUGUGUUGUAUUUCAAUGUUGCUUUAUUUUGACAAUUUCAUGGCUGUUUUUAUAUUGUCAACAAAAAUGUUGCGUUGCGAUAGUCAAGUAUUUUUUUUGUUUUAAGUUGGGAAAAAGUAGGGAAUUUUGUUUUUAAAAAUGAGUGGGAACCAUGUGUUUGGUAAAUUUUGUUUGACGGGCCUCUCAUUUCAUAUGGCCUCCAACUUGGUUGCCUCAAAGGCAGAUGUGUCAUGGCACCCAAGAUGGUGCUGUGUAAAAAAAAAAGGGAAGGGAGAGAGUAUGCUGUUUUAGUUAGUAACAGAGAGAAACAAAAAUUAGGAAAAAAGAAUCUUAAAAUUUAAUUAAAUUAUUUUUUUUUAGAAAAACCAUCAAUUUAAAAAAUCUACAACUCUACAUAACCUGAAUGCUAAGUCAGUAUCCUUAACUCAGACGUAAGUCUCUCCUCCCCCACCCCCCAAACUUGAUUUAAUUUUUAAUUCCAUCAAUCAAAAACAUUCCAUCUACAUAUUAAUAUUAUAUUUAAAAAAUAAAAAUUACCUCUGGUAACAAUCCAUGAUCAAACAAAGGGGAGAGAACCUACACAGAGACUCAAAGCGGCAUGCUGAAUGUAAAUUGACCAUUUUAUAUAUAGAUAUAUAUCACUUAUUAUGACUGGUACAAUAUAUGUUGAGCGUUUCUUUUAUGUUUUAUUAUAUUUGGCACACUUAUGUUAUUAAAUUAGAGACCGACCGAAUUUCGGCUUCGGUUUCGGCGCCGAAAGUGGCCAUUUUAUCACUUUCGGCCGAAACUGAAAAGUUGACUCUCGGUUUAAUUUCGGUUUCGGCCGAAAGAGGAAAGUUAACUUUCGGUUUUUCUUCGGUUUCGGCCGAAAUUGACUUAGACUUUCGGCCAUCGGCCGAAAGUGACUCAGGUUUUCGGUCAUUUAAUAUUCAGCGAAAGCGAUAUUUAACAACAAACUAAACGACAUUUAAGAACGAAUUAAGCGAUCUUUGAGAAUAAACUAAACGAUAUUUAACAACAAACAUAGCGAUCCUUAAGAACAAUCUAAGCAAUCUUUAGUAACAAACUAAACGAUCUUAAAGAACAAACUAAACGAUUUUUAUGACCGAACUAAAUGAUCUUUAAGAACAAAACAAAUGAUCUUUAAUAGUAAACUAAAUUAUUUAUAAGAAUAAACCAAGCGAUCUUUAGCAGAAAACUAAAUGUUCUUUAGGAACAAACUAAAAGAUCUUUGAGAACAAACUAAUCAAUCUUAAGGAACAAAAUCAAUUAUCUUUAAGAACAAACUAAGCGAUCUUUAUGAAAAAAACUAAGCGAUCUUUAACAACAAACUAAGCGAUCUUUAUGAACAAACUAAACGAUAUUUAAGAACAAAUAAUGCGAUCUAUUAACAAAAACUGGACGAUCUUUAACAACAAACUAAGUGAUCUUUAAGAACAAACUAAACGAUCUUUAACAACAAAUUAAGCGAUCUUUAAGAUUAAACUAAGCGAUAUUUUAGAACAAUCUAGUGAUCUUUAUGAACAAACUCGCCGAUCUUUAAGAACAAACUAACCGACCAAUAACAACCAAAUAAACGAUCUUUAAAAACAAAUUAAGCAAUCCUUUACAACCACAAUUUUUAGAGACCCGGUUUAAAAAAAUAAUAUUUUGCAUCAAUUCCCCCCCCCCCUCAAUUUUUGCCAAAUUUUUUCCUACCAUACUAAUUUUAAAAAGUUGUAAAGCAAUUUAAAUUACUUUUAUAUUAAAAUUAAAAUGGUAAAAUCCAAAGUAUUCAUUAGAUCAAAGGUCUCAAACUCAAAUCAUCGAGGGGGGGGGGGGGGCAGGAGGUGGUGUCUGAAUGAGACUGGGCCGCAUCAAGUAAUCCACAAAAAAGCGAUUACAACUGUUAAAAUCUGCUCAACUUUUAUAAAUAACAAUGAAAUCAUUAAGGGUUCUCAAAAACUAGGAUUCACUUUCAUCCACCUACUCACUGUUGCAUACAAAAAUACAUAGCAACACUACCAAAAAAAUCAGAAUUAGACUAGUCGGUGAGAUUCGACUGAAACCGUCGCGGAGAGUCACGUUAUAGAUAUGAGAAUGGGGGAAACGGGCCGGCGCAUUUACACUAAACUUUUCUGUCAUGAAGCGGGCCGCAAAAUAUCGUCUUGAGGGUCACAAAUGGCUCGCGGGCCGCGAAUUUGAGACCCCUAUAUAUCGAUAUGUAGGAAAAGAAGUCACAGGAAAAAAAGUCCGGGGGCCCGGAAUCGUUUUUUUUUUCUUAUAUGAGCUUUAUAAAUAAAAUUAACCACAAAUACUCCUGCAUAAAUAGGUGGAUCUUGACCAAACUUAGUGACGGGAUCAAAUAGGGAUCCUGCGGCAAACGGGAUCCCAUCGGAGAAAAGGAUCCUUCCGGGAAGCGGGAUCCUAGUGGGAUCGGGAUCCCAUUUGGAAAAGGGUACAAUUUGGAAAGUGGUAUCCUACUUGGAAAUGGGAUCCCAUUUGGAUCUCAAUUAGUUCGGAUCCCACAGGGGUCGGAGUCCCAUUUGGAUAUGAGAUGCCAUUUAGAAUAAGGAUGCCAAUGGGGUCAGGAUCCCAUUUAGAAACGGGAUCCUUUCAGGAUCAGAAUGGGAUCGGGAUAACAAUGGGGUCGAGAUCCCAAUGGGUUGGGAUCCUAAUGACAUCCUUUUUGAGAAAGUGAUCCCAAUCGGGAUCGGGAUCCAAUUGGGGCUGGGGUCCCUAGGGUCGGAAUCACAAUGGGGUCAGGAUCCCAAUGGGAUUAUUUGAGGGAAAGGGAUCUCAAUCAAAAUUGGUAUCCCAAUGGGGUCGGGAUCCUUGUGGGGUAGGGAUCCCGAUAAGAUAUGGGAUCCCAAUAGGUUACGGGAUCCCACAACUCUUGUCAGAAUUUAUUUAUGAUAUCUGAUGGCUGAAUGCUUCUGUGACUUUUUUCCUGUGACUUUUUUUCCUGUGACUUUAUUUUCUGUGACUUUUUUUCCUGUGACUUUAUUUCCUGUGACUUUAUUUCCUGUGACUUUUUUUCCUAGCAAAAUUUGUGACUUUUUUCCGUUACUUUUUUUCCUGUGACCUUUUUCCGCUCACCUAAUAUUCACGAUUAUCUCAUUUUUUUAUAAAAAGAAUGUAAAUAUUUAUACUUUCCCACAUCAUUUUCGAUGUAUGCAGAAUGUAUGCGGGAACGAAGUCAAAAAAACUUAAUAUUACAUUUUCGGUUUCGGCCGAAAUUCAUUUUUAAAUUUCGGCUUUUUUUCGGUUUCGGCCGAAAGUCAUUUUUUAAAACUUUCGGCCUUUUUUCGGUUUCGGCCGAAAGUCAUUUUAAACUUUCGGCCUAUUUUCGGCUUCGGCCGAAAUCAGAAAAUCACUUUCGGUCGGUCUCUAUAUUAAAUAUAUUAAUUUGUAUGCUUCAGACACCAGGAAGUGGCUUACAGAUUUAACAGUAACAGGCCAAGUCCCAGCCCCAAGGUCUUUCCACUCAAUGACAGCAAUAGGGGAUAAAGCUGUAUUGUUUGGAGGCAGGGGCAGAAAUGAUCAACAUUUUGAUAGUUUUGAUGUGUUUGAUUUUGGUGAGUUUCCUUUUCUUUUUAUGAUUUCAUUUUUAGUUUAUUUCAAAGUAUUGUUGGUUAAAGGUUAGUCUUAUUAGAAAAUCUGUACCGGUAACUGUCUGUCUCUAAGCUUUGAUACAAUUUAAUGGGAGUCGCUUAGUCACUUCCUUGUUUGGUCACGUGAUAUGAGUAAGUCAUCACUAGGCUGCAACACACAACAAAAGAUACUUCAUCAGUGCUUCCCCAAUGUUAUGUUAAUUGAAAAUUUUACCUUUCGUAAUAUUAUGGAAUGCAAGCGUUUUUUAAAUGAAAUACAUUAAUGUGACAAUAAAUAUACGUCAGUUAUAAUUAAAGGAAGAAAGUUAUUUCAAGAAAAAUUUGUGAGCGAUAUUCGAUGGGAACUAUCAAUACUAUUAUCGGCAGGAUGUUGUUGAGCUCCGUGCGUGCUCAUGACGUCAUUUGCGUUUUUAUUCAAUAUUGAUGCAGGAGUCAUUCCCCUUUGUUUAUUUUAUUGUUAAUUUUCAUUGGACGAAAUGUAGUGUAGUUGUAGUGUGUAUCGGGCUACUGUUGUCAAGCACUAGUGUGUUGUAUACAGUAUACCGGAAAUCUUACUCGUUUUUUACUCAUAUCACGUGACAAAAUAAUUGACUAAGCGACUCCCAUUAGAUAUUAUUCUCCUGACACUGAUAUUGUUAAAUUUUAGGUUGUGUGAUUUUGUAGCAAUUUUAAAAGAAAAUUUAAUGUUAUAAAAUGAAAAAAAAAUUUUUUUUGGCAGCAAAAAAGCAGUGGCUUCCAGUAGCGAUAGAGGGAGACAAGCCAGCUGCAAGGGGACAGCACUGCACAGUGACUGUAGGGGAUUACAUAUUUUUAUUUGGUGGGUCUGGAAAUUUUAGUCCUGAAACCAUGCAAUGUCAGACAUUCUAUACUGAUGCAUUUUUUAUAAAGACAGGUAAGCUUAAUUCUAAUUUUAUUACAGUAUUUUUGUUCCCGAAAACUAAAAUUCAAUUUUUUAAUAUCUGUAUCUAUUUUUGGUUAGUUAAUAUUAAUAUGUUGAAGAUCAUUGCAAUAGAUUUACAUCUUUUUAUUUCCCCUUUAUUUGAAAUUGUCUGCAUUGAUGUAGUGUUUAUCAUACCAUCUUUGUUCUAGUUUGCUGGCUUGUCAAGCCUGACCAUAAUCAGCUCUUUUUUAUUUCUGUUUGUUGGUACCUUUUAAUCUUUACUUUUUCUAUUUUCACAGACAAUUUCUCAUCUAGUGCUCAAUCAAAUGGUUUAUCAGCAGGGUCUGGAGAUUGCUGAUUGUUAAUGUUAUUAACCUUGCCAUUAGAAUAUUUCUUUGACUGAACUUACUUAGCUUCUUAAUUCAUUUACUACCCAGAGCCUCUGUCAUGAAGACAGGAAAUUUCUCAAUUAAGCCAUUAUCAGCUUACAGUUGCAAACUAUUCCCAACAAUAAACUGAAGGUUUCUUAUUAUACUAAUAUAUUUUAGCAAUAGAUUAAAAAAUGACAGAUGCAACCAAUAAGUAAUAUCAGAUUUUUAAAUAUGGCUUUUAGGGCUGUGUGCAAAACUUGUAUUGAAUUUCAUUUAUGAGUGUUUCUUGAAGUAAAAAAAAUACAUUUGUGAUUACAUAGAAAAUCAUGUUGGCAAGUUGAUUGCUUUUUUUUUUUUUAAUUUUUAAUAUAGGUACUUUAAUACUUUACAAGAACAUAAUUGUAAAUUAACAUUUUGAGAACAUGUUUUUCCCAUAUACCAUAAAGUGAAAUUUAAUGUCUUUAUAAGCUAAGUAAAGAUAUCUUUGUUUGGCUUGUAGUUGAAUUUUGUUUGUAGAUUUCUUUCUAUAUUUAGAUCUUUUCAUGCAUAAACUAAACAGGUCAGGUUUAGCAGAGAUUUUAUUGUCAUAGGCAGGAACCACACUCUUAAAUUAUUGAUGAUAAAAUGCCUCUGUUAUCCAGUUUGACCUGUAGUAAUAAUUCUUUUACUGGCUUUUUCUGUUUAAACUACCGGUAUUUAUAACAGUUUAUUAGAUUUUACUGAACAGUAUAUUUUUAGGUUGGCUUAGUGUGUGUGUGCCUUCAGUUAUUUUAUUGAACAUUGAUGUCUUCAUUUCCUUUUGUUACAAUAAAACUUUACAUCUAAAAUUCAUGUUAUUUAAAAUGUAAAUAAUGUCAAAUUAGUGCUAAAAUUAUGUCUUUAUUAACAUCUACUUUUUGCCUUGUGACUUUUUUCUAUGGAGUGAAUUGUAGUUUUAGUAUUCAUUAACAGGUGGUCAUUUAUUUUACAGCAGUUUUUUCCCCCUAAUUUUUAAAAUAAAUCAUACAUUUCAAAACAUUAAAUAUUGAAACUUUCCUUCAAAAAUUUUACCAAUAUCCUCUAAAUCAUUCCACAUUCCUAAUAUCGUUUUUUUUUAAAAAUGGUUUAAUAAGUGCAUUCACAAGCCCAAGACUUGAUUUUUUUUGGGUCUUUUUUGUGUUGUUAUUGCUGUACAGUCAUUUUGUUUUGUUGACAUGGUCUCAGGCUUGUGUUGAGCUGUUCAGUAAUUCAUGAAUCUGCAUUGUCAACAAAAGGUUUGAUACUUAAAAAUGGUGGGGGCCCUUCCUUUUAAAGAAGUAUUUUUUUUCUGUUUAAAUGCUUUCCACCUAUAAUUAAGUCUUUGCAUGUUUUUUUAAACCACAUUUGAUGUGCUAGUAUUAUUUAAUUAAAAUAAUACUACAUUCUUAUCACCUUUGGCGGGAGAAAAUUUUUAAGUGUUAUAUUACCGUAUAAAUACUUUAAAGGUAAUGUUCAGGAUUCUCAUAGUCGAUGCUAGCUGACCUACAUAAUCCAAACAUUUUGGUGGUGCCCAGUGCUGCUAGCUUUUUGAAACACUAAUUGUAUUUGCCAUUCAUCUAGUCUUGACUUAAAUCUUUGAAAAGUGCUUGAUAUGUUGAUUAAUUUAAUAUAUUUGUUCUGAUCUUAAAUAUAUGUGUAUGCAAACAUUUUAGAAUAUCAACUAAAAACAUAUGAGAUGAUAGCCUUGUUUGACUUAUGUUGUGUUAUACUUAACUUCUGUUAAUGGUGAUUUUUAAAGUCUUGUUUCUAUUUAUUUAUUUUUGUGAAGAGGUUUUAUUUAAUUGCACAGUAGUUUUAUUUAUUUGUUUUAUUUAUUUAUUUUUAUUAUUUUUUUUAAUUAAAAUUAUAU